AUGUUUCCAAACCUUAUUCGAACACAAUGCUUGGAAGAUGAAAAUUCUCGAAAUACGUUUUUAUGGUCUAUUUCUGAUGAACAGAAGGGCUUAAGAGGUUUUCUAUUUGGAACUAUACAUGUACCCUAUACAGAUGUCUGGGACUCAGUGUCCGAAAAAGUCAAAGAAGCUUUUUCGAUGUCUGACUCUGUACUAUUGGAAUUGAAUCUACAUGACAAUGAGACACUCUUUAAGCUAGCUAAAUGUAAAAAUUUACCGAGUAAACAGACUGCUCGCACAUAUCUGUCACCAUCUUUAUAUGAACGAAUUGAAACAAUUAUGAAAAUAUAUGAGAACAGCGACCGUAGUAAGCUUAUGAAAACUGUAGGUGGUAGGAACAAAAAAAAAAGAACCAUCACCUGGCAGAGAAAACGACCUGAGUGGUUGCUUUUCAUUUUGCAACACCUGUUUAUGAGUUACUGGCAAAGCAAAUCGCCUAUAUUGGAUGUUUAUCUAGCUCAAAGUGCGAUUGAAAAUUAUAAAAGUGUUGGAUCUAUUGAGACCGUGGAAGAGCAGUGCAAGCCAAUAUCAUCUCUUUCAACAGAUGAUAUCAUAUUUGCUAUAACUCAGACAGUUACAUUUUUGGAACAUAUGAGGAAGAAUAAAAAUAUGUACAGUCCAACUCAUGAAGAGCAGAUACGUACACUCAUAGAAAAUUACAAAUGCGGAAAGUUCGAUCAGUAUGCUAGUCAUUCAGACCAGCUUGCAUUCCCAGGUGUGAACUUGACAAUUGAAGAACGUAAUAGAGCUGAUAAGAUCAACAAAGCAAUCAAGCAGGACAUUAUUGUGAAAAGAAAUAUUGUUUUAGCUGAUAGAAUAGACGACUACUUCACCAGCAGAUCAGAUAAAGUGUUCUUUACUGCCGUUGGAUUAGGGCAUUUUUUGGGUAAAUCAAACAUCAUUCAUAUUCUUCGUAAGAAAGGAUAUCACAUUCAACCCAUUCAUGUUCAUUAUACAUUUGAAUUAAAAAGUGUACAAAGAGUCAAGUCAAUGUGGAGCAGAGAAGAACAUUUCGAGAACAUUGCUUCAUCUUAUAAAACCCUAUUCAAAAUUUUUAGAAGUAAGAGUUGGCUUGAAGCAGUUCUGCUGUUCAAAAACAAUUUCCUGAAAUCAUUCAUGUAUCCCGCAUUGAAUAAUUACGACAAUCUGUGUCAACGAAGUAAUUGGGACGCUUCGAUACCGCUUCCGGAGCAAGCUAGAUUCAACUCAGUAUUAGGAAGUGGUCAGAUUCAACUGUGGCAGUUUUUGUUAGAGCUAUUGGCAGAUGGCUCGUCUAACUCUCAUUGCAUAUCAUGGGAAGGUGGUAAUGGGGAAUUCAAACUAAUUGAUCCAGAUGAGGUUGCACGUAAAUGGGGUGAACGUAAAAGUAAGCCGAACAUGAAUUAUGAUAAGCUCAGUCGUGCUCUACGAUAUUACUAUGACAAGAACAUAAUGACGAAAGUUCACGGAAAACGAUAUGCUUAUAAGUUUGAUUUUCAAGGACUUGCUCAAGCGUGCCAAAACUCAGUGGCAAAUAAUGCGGAACUUUCUCAAGCGGUUAAUUCAUUAGCUCCAUUUCCUAACGGAUUACCCCAAAAGAUAACAGGAACUGUCAUGCCAGCAUAUCAUCAGCUACUUAGUCGAUCAGAACGAAGUAUUCCCACAAAUACAAUUGCAUCGACAUCAGCACCUAUUGGUCCAUACUGGUCGCCGCAAACAACAUCAUACAUAUAUCCAUCGGUAUCAUAUUAUGACAUCAAAUCGGCACAUUUAUGA